AUGCCCAAGCGAGGACGUCCCAUGGUCGUCAACGGCCGCACCUACCACCGCACCGUCCCGCCCUCGGAGCAGGACGAUGUGCGCACCGUCACGCGACGGCUGACGCCGAGGGCCAACACGGACUUCGACGUCACCGCCGUCAACUUCACCGAGGAGGAGCUGCGCCACUUCGCGCUCGUCUACCCGCGCCUGUACCAAGUCCCCGACACGAACCGGGGCCGCCUCGAACAGUGGAUCGCCCUCCACGAAGACGAGGUGCACAGCUGGGACCUGGGCGGCUUCCUGACCACGAGGGAGCAGGACCAGCAGCGUGGGUACGAGCCUCGGCAGCCCGGCAUCCCUCCCGCCGCUGCUCCGGCGGCCCCGCAGCAGCCGGCUCGACAGCCCGUGGUGGGUGAGGGCGACGGCGAGCACAACGAGGUGAGCGACGACGACCGCGACGAGGUAAGCGACGACAAGCUCGACAGGUCCCAAGCCGAUAACGAGCCUCCGUCUGAAGUCGGAGAGAGUGUGCUCGACAUUGUCGCCGCUCCCGCUGUUUCCGAUGUCCCUGCUCCCGCCGUCCCUGCCGUGGCGCCACAGCUCGCGCCGGCCCAGCAGCAGCCGCAACUGCACCGCGAGCAUCUCGCUGCUCAACCUCCUCAGCGCUUCGCGGCGGACGACCAGGGCCUGAUCCACCAGCUCGACCACGAUCUGCGCGCGAUAGAGGCUUUGAUGCGGCCCUUGGCGCCGUGGCUCCGGAUCACGGACGACUUCAACGCCCACUUGGAGAGCGCGCUCCGGGUGAAGCGAGCCCUGGCUCAGCGUCUCGGAGUUGAGGAGCGCUCCCCCUUGGGCGAGCCUAACCUCCCCGACGAUGCUCAACCCAGCAAGAAGGCCAGCCGCGAAGCCACGGCGGAGGAGGCAGCGGAGCGGGAGCAGGAGCAGGAGCAGCAAGAGGCGCCGCCGCAGCGUCUUACAAGUUCACAGCUCCAGACGAUUGCUCACCGCGCCUAUGUCCUGGGAAUUGAGCGAGGGUAUUUCCGCGACGACGACUUCUCGCCUGCUCCCGAGCACCGUCAAGACGUCCCUUCGCCCGUUCUUGAGCAUCGUCCAGCUGCGGCUGCUCCGAGGGAGCAGACUGCGGAGUCGACUUCAGACUCCGCCGCCGGGACCGUCGGCAACGACAACGACAACGACAACGACAACCGCGCCCUCGCGUCGGCGAGCCACGUCGCCACCAGCAUCCCAGCCUACCCCCGGCCAGACACCCGCUACCCCGCCUCCAUCUUCACCCACACCGAAAACUAUACCACCGGCUACGAGGCCCCCGGCACCGAGCGGCGCGCCCUCGCCGCGCUCGAGCCCCCCAGCUCCAAUCCCGUCCCGCUGGACCGCCUCGGCCGCCCAGUUCGUCCAGCUCCUGCUGCCACCGCAGCCGCGGCCGCGCCUCCCCCGGCUCCGCCGCGGACUACUAGAAUCCGUCUCAUCGGUGGCAGCGGCGCGGGGAGCCGGGAUGCGGCUGGUGGUGCUGCCACUGCUACUACUAGCACUGCAUACACAGCUGCGGCUGGGCAGGGUGCUCGGGGUAGUGCUCGAGUUAGAGUUCGUGGGAGUGGGAGUGGCAGCGGCGGCGCUGUCGGCGCGACCGCGGCUCGGCCGGCAGAGACGGGUGACGAGGACGAUGAGGAGGUGUAA